AUGGCGUACCGGUACCCCGAUACAAGCCAACCUUCCGAGGUAAACAGACAAAAUUCUAGUCUGGAUACCGAAGAGAAGCAUCGAUCAGGCAAUGAAGUGUCUCAUCACGAAGACCCGUUUGGAGACGAGGAGUUUGCACAAGUCAGGUAUCGAACUUUACGGUGGUGGCAAUGCGGCAUGAUCAUGAUUGCAGAAACCGUUUCCCUCGGAAUUUUGUCGCUUCCAUCUGCUGUGGCAACGUUAGGCUUGGUCCCUGCGGUAAUUAUCAUUGUCGGGCUCGGUAUCCUAGCCACCUACACCGGAUAUGUCAUUGGUCAAUUCAAACUGCGGUACCCGGAGGUGCAUAGCAUGGGAGACGCUGGAGCAGUGCUUUUCGGUCGCUUUGGUAUGGCCCGCUUUGGGAAAGAGCUUUUAGGAACGGCCCAAUUGCUCUUCCUAAUCUUCAUCAUGGGUAGCCACCUCUUGACUUUCACUGUCAUGAUGAACACAUUGACAGAACAUGCCACCUGCUCCAUUGUUUUUGGGGUUGUUGGCCUUGUCGUAUCCUUUGUCUGUGCCCUGCCUCGCACUCUCAGAAAAGUUUCAUGGUUCUCAUUUGCAUCUUUCGCCAGUAUCCUCGCUGCGGUACUUAUUACUAUGAUUGCCAUCGCUAUUCAGCAUCCAGGAAAUGGCAAGGUAGACGCGACUACGAAAGUAAGUCUCGCAAAAGGGUUCUUGUCUGUGACAAAUAUUGUCUUCGCCUACGCUGGUCAUGUUGCUUUCUUCGGCUUUAUCUCCGAGAUGAAGAUUCCAACAGAUUACCCCAAGACUUUGAUUAUGCUCCAGACGACUGAUACGUCAAUGUAUGUGGUGGCGGGCGUUGUCAUUUACAUUUACGGCGGGAAAGAUGUGAAAUCCCCUGCAUUAAGUUCCACCAGUGAUGUGACAGCCAAGCUUGCAUAUGGUAUUGCUAUUCCUUCGAUUGUUGUCGCCGGUGUCAUUAACGGCCAUGUCGCGGCAAAGUACAUAUAUGUCCGCCUAUUUCGGCACACUGAUCACAUGCACAAACGAAGUUUUCUCGCAAUUGGGUCUUGGAUUGGGAUUACUUUGGGUCUUUGGAUCAUAGCCUGGAUUAUUGCCGAGGCUAUUCCUGUUUUCAAUGACCUACUAAGUUUGAUCACUGCAUUGUUCGCUAGUUGGUUUACUUAUGGCCUAAGCGGUAUCUUUUGGCUUUUUAUGAAUUGGGGUCGAUAUGGAUCCUCCUGGAGGAAAAUUCUCCUCACUCUCCUCAACCUUGUGAUCGUGGGAAUUGGUGGUUGCCUGUGCGGUAUGGGCCUAUGGGUCUCCGGGAAGGCCAUCCACGAGGAUGCGAGCAGCGGUGCUAGUUUCUCGUGUGCUUUUACUAACAGCUAG